AUAGCUCGACGGCAGGAGAGGAGAUGUUGGUUUCGUUCUGUCAAAAAUGCACCACUGCAGUCAAAUAAGAAAAUGUUGAGGUAGGUGCAUUAUACACGCAGAAUAGAACCCUGUUUUAAAGUGCCAGUGCCACAAUUACUGCCUGUUUCGACCGCCAUCUGGGUCCAAACUUUGAGAUGACAGAUGCUGGAAUUGGGAUGAAUCAGCAUCCAUGUUUCGUCUGCACCAGGUAUCUCGCCGGAGGAUGCUGACCUCAGCACAUCAUUGCGCUGGUCGUUGAGAGCUGACCGUGGUCAGUUAGAACUGACCGUGACUUUGUGAGUCCUGUUACUGCUGUCAUCAUGUUGAAGGAUAUUAUCAUUCAGAAACUGCAGCAGUACAUUGGGAAAUAUGUGGAGAACAUUGACCCUGAGAAACUCAACUACAGCAUCUUAAAGGGAAUUGAUGCUGAGUUGACAGAUUUGACGCUGCGCCCUGAAGCCGUUGUUGAGCUCCUUACCACCCAACUUGGACAAGAGGUGCCGCUGGAAGUGAAAGCUGGCCAUGUUGACUACAUCAAGUUCUCAUUCCCCUGGUCGAACCUGUUCUCUGCCAAUGUCCAGCUGGAACUGGAUGGCCUUUACGUACUGCUAGGACCCAUUAAUGACCGGCCAUACGAGGGAAAAAAGGACCGAGAUCUGGAAAAUGCCAUCAAACAAGCGAAACUACGUGCUUUUGAACGGUCAACUUUCAAAACUGUGGUGGACCAAGCUGCCAAAAAUCCAGGGUUCUUUGAGAAACUUGGAAAAUAUAUCCUCAACAACAUACAGAUCACCAUUAGGAAUGUUCACAUUAGGUACGAGGAUUCCAUCACCAACGGCGACUACUCCUUCGCAGUGGGCGCCAUGCUGCAGAGUUUUACUGUCCACACAACCAAUGACCGAUGGGAGGACGCGGAUGUGGACAGUUCGGCCACCAUACUUCACAAACUGGGCAGUCUGACAGACCUGUCCCUCUACUGGAAUCACUAUGUCCAGGAGGCUGACCUGGUCGGCAAGAAGAAACGACUCCAGUCACAUGUCUGGAAGAACCUGCUGAAACAGUCCAUAGCAACCAACAGAAUACGAGAGGAGUCCUUCACACACAUCUUACGUCCAGUGACUGUCAAGGCCAAGGUCAUCAUGAAUAAGGAGGAUACCUUUGUGAUGCCGCGAAUCUACGUGGAGUUUUCCCUCCCCGAUAUCAUGUGCUUUUUCUCCAGACACCAGUACCUGAACUUACUGAAGUGGAUCGAUGCCAGUCGUCGUGUACAAAUCAACAGGCGUUACCGUAGAUACCAUCCAAACACUCCAGUACGCUUCAAUCGUAAGGCCUGGUGGCACUACGCUUAUACUGCAGUAGUGGAGGAAAGAAUACGUCCUCACCAAUGGACAAAGGUUGCAGAGCAUAGGAAAAAGGUAGUUCGCUAUGGGCAAAUGUACAAGACUCAUAUGGAGUACCCAGACAAUAAAACCUUACAGGAGGAUCUCAAAAAACUCGAGGCCGACAUGGACCUCUGCAACAUCAUAGCCGCAAGGGAGGAGGCCAAGGUCAAGUUUGCUUCCGAGGCCCCUGGAAGAGCUCGGAAGAAAUUGAAGGAACGACGGGAGCGGGAGAAGGCCAAUCAGGGGUGGUUAAGCUGGAUCCUAGGGGGCAGCACUGAGGAACCUGACGUGGAAAUAGAGGUUGAUACUGAGGAUGAUUGGCUGCAGAGUCUGUCAGGCGAUGAACGAAGUGAGCUUUACAAGGGCGUUGGUUAUGAUGAAAGUUCCACGGAAGAUAACAUGCCAAAGGAGUACAUUGCUUACAAAAUCCAGCUGCGUUUGAAGAACGUGAGCCUCACUCUAGAGAACUAUGGUAAACCGAUUCUCAAGAUGACACUUAGUGACAUGUUAACUUCGUACGAAAAUCGGCCAGGAGGGAACGGGGCCAGGGUAUUAAGUCAUACGGAAAGCUUCACAAUAGAGGGCGCCUCAGUAGAUUACAAACUGGUGUCUCUUCUCACCUCAAAUAGCAACAUAUACUCUACAGACAACCAGAUGUUUACGUUGGACUAUGAGCUCCGGCCACUGUCCAUCCAUGCUGACCAGUCUCUCAAACUGAAUGUCCGACCUGUUGAAAUCUUCUAUGACCAGCAUGCAGUGUCACAGAUCAUGAUGUUCCUCCAAGUACCGAUGGACUCGCCACAAGUUGAUAUCAACGCUAUUGCGCGGGAGAAACUCAUGGACAUGGUGGAGUACAGUCGCGCCACACUGCUGUACGCCAUUGAACAACAAUCCUCCACAUUCCAUAUUUCUGUGCACAUGAAGUCACCGUAUAUCGUCGUUCCCCAGAAGGGAACGCUCCAUCAGGGAGGUAACCUACUGAUUUGUGACCUGGGGAAUUUUACGGUGGAGAGUGACCUCCUCCAGAAGGACAACGUGCCACUCCACAAUGCUACUAUAUCAGAGCUGCAGGCUCACCUGUACGACAAGUUCCUCAUCAAAAUCUCCGACGUCAAGGUGCUGCUAGCUGACUCUGAGGAAGAGUGGGACAUGGCUCAGAAGAAUCCAAACUCAGAAUUCCACAUCUUGCCAAGUACUGGACUCGACAUUGCAUUCUACAAAAGUGUCCUCAACAAUAACCAGCAGCCUCAACAAAAGUUUGAUGCCAUGUUGCAGUCUCUAACCCUGAAUGUGACCGAUGUACAGAUCGUGACCUUGAACAAUUUCAUGCAGAAUUUCCCCAUGCCGACGACCUCCACCAGUAGCAUAGAUGCUAUGGAUGUUCCUCCUCCUCAACCGGACUGGAAACACAUUCAGAUGGAGAUGAAUGCAAAACAGUUAAGGAGGAUGCGGAGGACUAUCCUUAGUCGGCUCACCAUAGACCUGGCUGAGCCUAUCUCAGAAGAGUCCCUCUCCGAAGUCUCUCACAGUACACUAGACAGCGUCCAGCCAGGACACAGGCAGAGCAUAGAGCCCGAUACAGACACAUAUUACUCGGCCUCCGAUGACUCUGAAGACGAAAUGGACAAAUGGUCAAGGUUUUUGUUGGCGAGUUACCGUAAAGUGAAGUCUGUCGAUGACUAUAUUACGGAGAACAACCGCAUGCAGAUGUUCAUGCGGGCUUCCAUCGGCGAGAUCGUCAUACAGGUAUCGUUGGAGCAGAACCGACAGCGACGGGAAUAUCUUAUGUUCCGUCUGGAUGGAUUCACGGCCGACAUGGCUUACACGGUGUGGAUCAGUAAGAACAAAGUUAUUCCGUGUGGAGUUGCUUUCCAUGCCAGACUACGAGGGAUUGGAAUGGCAGACAAACUUCAUAGAGGUGCUACUGGUGCGUACCUGGAUCUGUUACAGACAGAAUCGGAGAAUGAACUGAUCUCCAUCAGUUACAGACAGGUAAAACCGGAGUGUCCCGACUUUGGGCCAGUGUUCAAGAACAUAGAGCAUGGUGCGACCUUAACCUUCAAUAACUUGUCAAUCAUGUUUGACCAGACUGGAGUGUGUUAUCUCAAGAAAUUUCUGGAGGAUCUGCAGACGAGAAUGUACCCAAAGAAGGAUACACUUGAGGACAAUCCCUUCGCGAUGCGGUCUUCCAGGACUGACUCUUCCAUAAUGAGGCUCCGAAGUAAACGCGGGAGUCGGAGUAGUCGAGCCAGCGUUACUGAUAAGAUCAAAUCGAUCGUCCAUGAAACUAGUGGUCCAUCUACUCUCAUCAAGAUUCACAUGGUUACUUGUGUACACGACAUCAGCCUUCACCUGCGGAAUGUGGAGACGAAAUUUUCCGAACUCCAUAUCAAAGGUUUGGAGAGUCAGUUCAUUGCGCAAGCUAAGAAGAUGACAUUCAACUGUCGCUUGCAGAAAUUCUUCAUAAAAGAUCUUACUCCAGAUACUCUCUAUCCUAACAUCCUGGAGAUUGGUACAGAUGAAAGCCCAUUCUUUGAUCUGAAGGUGGAACAGUUUAAAUCUGAUGGCAUGACGAGACGGUUGUCGCGGCGAAGUACUGAACCUCUGGAUUACUAUGCCCGGUUACACAUUGGCCAGCUCCAGGUGGCAUUCAUUAAUAAGUUCUUCUGGGAAGUCACGAGGUUUUUUGAGCCAUUGAAGAGCCCAGAGUUAUCAGAUGCAGCUUAUAAGACCAAAGAGUCUAUGUCUAAACAGAUGGUGGAGAUAACCCCUGUAACAUUGCGGAUCGCCCUUGUUGUCAAGGCACACAUCCCCACAGUGGUCGUACCACAGCACUCGCAGUCACGUGACCUCUUCUUCGUCAAAUUCGGAAACCUGGAAGUAUGGAAUCAGUUUGAGAGGAAGGAGGUAAAGGAUACAGGAAUAUCACAGGAAUGGAACCACUUUAGUGCCAAACUCACCUCCAUGCAGAUAAGCAAGGGUAAACUUUUGGAGGACAACAACACAUUUGUUGUGCUGCAUCACCUAGUGGAACCCGUCAAUUUCACUGCAUCUUUCAGCGUCGCUUUGGCACCCUUUGUGGCGGAUAUCAUGUACGAUGUCUCGGGUGAACUCAACCUAGUCAAG